AUAUACGAGGAAGCCAUAGAAAUUAUAGCAAGUAGCAGUGAGUUAUUUGUUAGAAAAAUAUUACAAAAUUAAUUAAUAAUUAGGCAGCCAUGAAUGAAAGUAUGUCGAAGGAAGAAGAAGAAGAAGAAAAGGGAUUAUAUACAGAAGAUGGAACAGUGGAUCUUCGAGGCAAUCCCGUUCUUCGAUCCAAGAGAGGUCGAUGGACGGCUUGUUUCUUCAUCGUUGUGUAUGAAGUGUUCGAGCGAAUGGCGUACUAUGGAAUAUCGACCAAUCUAUUUAUAUAUUUGACGACAAAACUGCACCAAGGCACGGUCACCUCGGCCAACAAUGUCACCAAUUGGGUCGGCACCAUUUGGAUGACCCCCGCCUUGGGUGCUUAUGUUGCUGAUGCUCUUUUGGGUCGUUAUUGGACUUUUUUGAUUGCCGGCGCUAUCUACUUCUUGGGAAUGUCUCUUUUGACCCUAUCGGUAUCGAUUCAUCCUUUGAAACCAAGUCCAUGUUCAGAUCCAAUUGGUGUCCACUGCGACAAGCCCACUACAUUACAAUUAGCUGUAUUCUUCGGAGCUCUAUACACGCUAGCACUCGGCACGGGAGGAACCAAACCCAAUAUUUCGACAAUCGGUGCAGACCAAUUCGAUGAGUUCGACCCAAAAGAGAAAGCCCAAAAGCUUUCCUUCUUCAAUUGGUGGAUGUUUAGCAUAUUUUUGGGGACACUAUUCGCCAACACCAUUCUAGUCUACAUUCAGGACAAUGUGGGGUGGACGCUCGGUUAUGAGCUCCCGACCAUUGGACUAGUUAUAUCACUAAUAAUAUUCUUGGCCGGGACUCCUUUUUAUCGGCACAAGGUGCCCGUAGGAAGCCCAUUUACGAAAAUGGCUAAGGUCAUCGUGGCUUCGAUUAGGAAGUGGAAAAUAGACAUUCCGACGGACCCGAAAGAAUUAUAUGAGCUUGAUCCUCGAGAGUAUGGUAAAGGCAAGUACAGGAUUGAUUCCACUAAUGAAAUGAGGUUCCUCAAUAAAGCAUGUAUAAGAACAAAUUCUAGCAAGCCAUGGCUCCUUUGCUCGGUCACACAAGUAGAAGAAACCAAGCAAAUGCUUCGAAUGAUCCCGAUCCUCAUCGUCACCUUCAUCCCGAGCACGAUGAUCGCGCAAAUUGGGACACUUUUCGUGAAGCAAGGCACCACUCUUAACCGCCACAUCGGCACUUUCAAGAUCCCUCCCGCUAGCCUAGCUGGAUUCGUCACAAUCUCGAUGCUCAUAUCUGUCGUGGUGUAUGACUGUGUCUUCGUCAAGAUCGUAAAAAAAUGGACAAAAAACCCUAGAGGCAUUAGUCUCCUCCAACGAAUGGGAAUCGGCAUGAUCAUCCACAUCAUCAUCAUGGUCGUCGCUUCGCUAACCGAACGUCAUAGAAUCCACGUCGCCCGGGACAAUGGCCUAGUCGAGAAUGGGGGCCAAGUCCCUUUAUCCAUAUUCAUUUUAUUGCCUCAAUUCAUACUUAUGGGCGUCGCGGACGCGUUCUUGGAGGUGGCGAAGAUCGAGUUCUUCUACGACCAGGCACCCGAGAGCAUGAAGAGUUUAGGGACAUCGUAUUCGAUGACCAGUCUUGGAGUCGGGAGCUUCAUUAGCAGCGCAUUGCUGAGCAUUGUCUCGGAUGUCACGAGUGGAGACGGGCAUGAGGGAUGGAUUAGGAACAACCUUAACGCCUCGCACUUGGAUUACUAUUACGCCUUCUUCGCCGUCUUGAAUUGCAUCAAUUUUGUUGUGUUUCUUGUUGUUGUGAGGUUUUACGUCUAUCGGGCCGAAGUUUCGGAUUCGAUGAAAAUGCUCGAGGAAGAGCUGGUGAUUCGAAACACAAGGUGAAGAACUGAGAAGUAGUUACAAACUAGAGGAAGUUUAAUCCUUGCAAUUAAGACCAAAACAUUUGAUUGUUUAAGUAAUGAUCUACAAAUGAUGUUUUUAUCUAA